GGAAAACCCCAUCUUCUACUGGCUGUGAAAGUGCCUGCAAGAAAGUCACCACGACAGUCAUGAGUGGCUGGUCAGCCUGAAUUUGAAGAAUUGGGAUGCUGAACCAUCAAUAUCAGAUUAACAGGACUCGGAAAACCCAGAAAGAAAGUGAGGUUGGAGUGAUGCUGAUUACACUGGAAGUUGCUGGAAUUAUUGCAGCUGAUUUUGCCCCAGGCAUGGUUCACUGGGGAGCUGGUACCUGGGGUUCCGUUGAUAUCCCUGUCACUGGCAAGGUAGAAGUCUUCCAGUUUGCUGUAAUGUCCUGGAAGGCUGUCCUCAGAAACACUCACCCCACCCUAGAGAUGAUGAAUUGUCACCAAAACAUAAGUCUUUGUGGUUUUGGGGCUUGUAUCAGGCCAUCUAGCAUCGUAUUGAUCCAACAGCUACAAGGCAUUACCUCAUUGAGGCCAAUGGAGAUAACUCUUCAAUAG